AUGAAGUCUCUUGAGACACUGAAAGAGCUUUGUCAAUUUGCUAAUUCACUUACUCAAAAUCAACAAAACAAUCCACGUGAUUUACUUGAAAGCCUGUGUUCAGGUCUCCAAACAUUUUUAGGGUACAAUGAAAAAUCCAAAGGCUACACUGGCUCCGGCAUCGUGUACUCGGACCUUGACAGGCUUUGUGACGGGGUGAUGGCGUUCUUGCAUUCCGUGCUUAAAGAUGUCCACACUAAACAGCCUUACAGUGUUGGUAAAAAUGUAUUACGUGAUGAUGUUUUGAGUCAUCUUAGUAGUAAUUUGUGUUCAGGUCAUGAUGGUUUUAAGAGUGUCAUUGGCCAGGUGGCCACGGGUGUCGGGAGGUAUAAUGAGGAAGUGAAGGUGUCGAACAAAAAAGCCAAGAGAAGGAUUGAAAGAUUGUUAGAGAAGGUAGGUGAUAGCUUUAGAAAGCAAGUGAGUGCUAUACAUGACAAUUUAGAUCCGCGUUUUCCUGGGAAGGCUGAGGAGGCUGUGAAUUCGGUUAGAAGUACAUUGGAAGACUGUAUUAAGAAUGGUGAGGCGCUUAAUGAAACCCGGGAUAUUACAACUAAAGACGAAAUAGAAAACGCAAUUAAUGACCUGAAUCCUACUCUGCGUGACAAAGUCAAUAAAGCGCGUGACUCGGUGAGGCUUGCAACUGAGCAUCUCACUGCGUUGUCGAAGGAUCAAAGUAAAGUUCUGAGCGAGAUGACCACAAAAAUUGGGAGUGCUCUAUCAGAGCUUAGAACUAACUUAGAUAAAGAGAUUGACGCAAAAAUACCUCUGCUUGUCAGCAAGUUGAGGGAGAGGGUUCGUGCUAUAAAAAAGCAGCUGGAAGAGAUUAGUGGGAGUCUGUUUGGCUAUGUUCAGGAUUUGGAAAGGUGGAUUCAGAAAGGGAAUAAGACUAUGGAAGAAGCAUUGCUGAAGGUUAAUACAAUAUCAGGUAAGGUUGAUGAGAACUCUGCGUUCAGCAAUGUCACGGAUAUUAAGCAGGCGGCAGACGAAUUGAAGCAGGAUGUCAACAAGCUCUUCGAGGCAAAGGAUGGUGCCUUGGAAAAAGUUAGAAAUCAAGUUAAAGAGGCGUUGAAGCAGGUUAUAACGAUGAACAGUUCUCUUAUGAUGGAUCUGAAUGAUGUGAAAACGGGGAUUAAGUUGGGGAUUAAGCAGUAUGUUGAGACGCAGUUGAAGCAGAGAGAUAAACUUGAUAAGUUGGAAGAUAAAGUGAAAGAUGGGUUGGAGAAAGUGAGGGAUGUAACUGUCAAGAAUGCGAUUGAAGGGUUUAUCAGGAAGUUAAAUGAAGCUGAUUUCAAAGGUGCGGCAGAGGCACAUGGCGGUCAUGCUGUUAGUAUUGCGAACCUUGACAAAUUGCAAGGUACAAGUUUGUAUACGUGGCUAACGGAGGCGGGGGCAAAUUCCCUCCGGAAUGUAAUACACUCAUCGGGGCGUGAUACAUCAGAUCCCAUCCAGUAUGCACGCAAAGCUCUACUAUAUUCUCUCGAAAACCUGAGGAGUGCGAAACAUAAGAAUGGUGGCAACGAUAAAUCACUCUUCACCGCCAUAGGAGAUGACAUAGUAAAUAAAAUCAAUAAGGCGAUCGGUGAGGAUAGAAAUAGUAUAAACCUUCAAACGCUUAUGACUGAAUUUAACACCGCCGACCAAAAGGUGAAAGAUCUCCUACAACAAGGCAGCGGCCUUCAGAAAAAGGUUGAUGAUCUUCUGACAGAACAGAUUGGAGAGACUGAUAAAGGUGUAGCUGUAACUCUUCCAGUAGGUGCAACACAGUUCCAGGGAUACAAAGAACAAGUCAACCAACCAGCCCCGAAGUCCACUGAGCUAGAAAAGCUAAAUGGCCAACUCCCCAAGGCCAUCAAGAAAAUCCAGAGUGAGAUGGACAGUGUAUUAGAUCCAUUAGGCGCAGUGAAUACUGAUGCGGAGUAUAAACUACAGCUGCUUAAGCAAAAACUCAAGACUUUGUGCGAAGACAUUAAAAACGCCGCUGGAGAUCCCAAUGGUCUGAAGAAAAUUUUGGAGGUUUUUAAAAAUAAAGAUCUCAGUAACGCAGAUCAUCAACUCAGCGGGAUUAGAAAUAAACUUAGCGAAUUGCAGAGCAAGCUGGAGUCUGGUCCCAUCAGAGCAACUGAAAAUUUCAUUCAAACAGAAUCUAACCAAUUACAAAAUGAAUACAUCCAAAAACUCAAGGAGCAGGUUCAGCAUCAAGUCAGAAAUGCAACCGAUAAACUAACUACACAAGCCAAGAAGCAUCACGUUAUCACCACUAAGUUGUUACUCAAACAGUUUGCCUCCAGGGUGACCAAAGAGCUUGAUGGACUUCCACAGCAGAUUGAAGGUGACAGGCACAUUGGAUUUAAAGGGUUUAUGGAGAAGUUUUAUGGCGAUUACAAAAGAACACUGAAUCCUAAUAACAUUGAUAAACUUCUAAAUGCCAAAGAUAAGAAUAAUAUUCGUGGCUUAUCCGCCGCAUUCCAGUCAUUUUGGACACAACUAAAGGGAUAUAUCAACGAUGAGAUUGUAAGAGUUCACGAUGAGAACCAUUUGAUGAAGAAUCCUACACUUACGAAAUCGACAAAUUACUAUGUUGAUAAGCUUAAGUCAGUUGACAAAAAGUUUAACACGCUACUUAGCCAUAUUAGUGGCAUAAAUAGAUAUGACCAUCACGUUUCUGAUUACCUUAAGAGCUUGACUGAGGCGAUUAAGGAGCUUGCUCCGCGUGGAUUUGCAAAUCCAAACACUCCCACCCUUGACGCCAUUGGUUUGGGCCUUUCUAGCCUUGUCGGUGAACUUAGGAAGGCGUACAUAUCAGCGUAUGACAGUCAGAAUAUUGAUUGGGGUAAAGAUGAAAACUCGAAGGAAAACUGUGCCAAGGUAUUUUUGACCUCGCUUCCUACGCUUUUCAAUCAAUUGCAUUACGUUUUCUAUAAUUGUUGUAAAAAGUGGAAAAACUGUAAAAUACAGAGUGAGGGCAAGGCAGAUCAAUUGGAAAAAUAUCUCAAGCGACAGGGUUUUAAUGUCGACAAUCUCAUUACCAAAAACAACACCAACAUAGACGUUUCUUUGCGAUUGAGUAGGGGUUUUGGUGAAUAUGACGAAUUUACUAAAGAUCCCGAUGACAACCAGACCGAUUUCGAUUUAUAUCUUCAAUCAGCUAUAAACUCUGUGAAUUCGGUAAACGUUCUUGACAAUCUGUUCGCUUACCUCAGGACAUAUAAUGAAAUCUGUCACCUCGCCACUUCGCCGUCUCCUAGAUCGCCGUGCAAUGUUUAUGAAAUGUUGAUAUGGUGUUCCGGUCUCCCAUAUAGAUCGAUAUAUACAAACCUUUUGCACGACAGCAUAAUUACACUACUUAGUGGUCCAGACUCGCAAAUACCAGAGGUCGAAGAUGACUUUGAAGCCAGAGUAGUUGACACCAAAACCUUAUCCCUAUCUGCCUACCCACAGAGCAUUACAUAUGAUGAUAUACGAAAAGCGGUAGCGCACAUGUGCUCCAAAUCGUAUGACAUCCUGAUCACUAUUGUUGGCACUGGCGACGCAACAACGUAUUACGCUUACCAAUACUGUGACAACACUUCUAAUUUGCAUUACCCUUCCAAUUCUGCCGAAUGCUUUGAUAUGCUUUUUGACAUGAUUCGUAGAUUGUUCCCUUCACUCAGAUUUUUGUAUGAACAGUGCUCCCAUUCGUCAUAUACGCUUGGUUGGUCUCAGUGUGCGUAUGGAAACUACGCCCACACAUCGAACUGGCAGUGUGACCAGCAUGAUAGUCAGAACCCUGAGUGCCAACCAAAGUCACCACUCAUGUUGUUCCUUACUGACGGUCUUCCCGGGCACUUGCCUCAUCUACUGGAGUCCGUGGGAUGUAAGUCCAAAUGUUCGACAUGCUCACCCAGUUCAAGUAAGAUGCCCUGUAUUACCCCUCUAGGAUUCAGAGCUUUCUCCGGUAGUACACGUAAAGGUAAGGAUAUAUGUUAUGUGCUUGAAGGUAUAUGCGGUGACGGCGGCGUACUCACCGAGCUAUACUCGGCUAUAACAUGUGCAGUUAGUCGCCCUCCGCAGACGUUUGCAGAUAUUUUGUCGUAUUAUUGCCAGCUCACCAGACCGUGGAAAUGGAUGCCUACAGCUGCUAGCCCGUCAAAUUCCAUCCAACUCGCCGUUUGUGACGAAAUAAUGGCUACAGUGGGCUGCGACUAUUAUGAUGCGAAGAAGUUCCUUGAGCCUUGCAGGCAACUGCAUGAUUCUCCAGACCACGUUUAUCAUGAUUUGAACAAGGAACUUGACCUGAGUUAUCUUGUUGGCUGUGGCUCUACGGAUUGCGGUUAUUUCAUAAGACCAUUAUCGUUUCUUGGUUAUUCUACUUUUGCGCCGACGUUUGCCAAGAAUUAUUUGUCGUGGUUGUUAUACGUUUGUACGAAUGUUGAAACAUUCCUUGAGCAGUUGAAGAGGGAUUUUUGUAAUGUUUCCUGCUACGCUUCAGGUUGUGCGCCAUGCCUCAACGAUGAUAGCUGUAAACCAGGUAAACACGGCACUACAUCGUGCGGAUGCAGGUCAAUGGUCCACUGCCACGGAGUAUCAUCCGUAUUGUACCAAUACGGUUUCAUUUUCGCCGACACCGCUGUCAAAAGCAAAAAGCAAUGCAAGCAUUUCUACAAAGCACUCAACAGUAUAUUAAACUCUAAGUAUUUGAGAGAAUUCCAUGGUGCCAUCGACACACUCAUGUUCACUAUCAGAGCACCCUUCAUCUGGACGCUUGUUUCCCUCUGGUCCCUCUCUUUGCUGUACCUGCUGCACAUCGCCGUCGUCCGCCUCGACGUCCUGAGGAUACGCUCCCACUUAAAAUCACCCUCAAGCCACCGCAUCGCCGCGCAGUCGCUCCUCACCGCCGCACGCGUCAAGGCACUCGCCAACUCUCUUAACGAGCAAAUUGACUUGCUUAAAAAUUCUGAUAAAUCCACUGCUAACUCACAAAAUGACUCUAAAAUCGACGACCUUAAAUCCAAAUUGAAAGAUCAUGUUGCCAAGUAUCAUUCCCUUUCUGAGUCUGACAGGACUGCCCAACUCAAGGACGUCCACUCCAGGAUGCUGUCUCUUGCUGACCUUAGUGGGAAGCUUGGCCAAUUUAUUGGCAAAAGUGAGGUUGUUACUAAAGCAAUUAAUGAUGGUAUUACAGCUAUUAUUAGCAGUGAUAAAGACUUCAAAAGCCUUAAAAAGUCUCCGUCUCCGACUGCGCUGUCUUCCGCUGCCGUGUCUGCUGUGUCUAUAGAUGAUGCUGAGCUUACUCAGAAAAUUGAGCAUUUUAAUAAACAUAAAAAAUCCCUUGAAUCUAAGAAAAAUUCCGAAAAUCCUUCCCUCUCCUCUGAAGAUUCUCGCCUUUUAUCCUCUCAUCAGUCCAAGUUGGAUGCUCUUCAGAAGCUGAAGAGCCUUAAUGAGUCUUUGAAUUCUCUUGGUAAACAAAGUGAUGAUGCUUGUAAAAACCUUUUAAAUAACCUCUGCACAGGCCUCGAAAAAUUUCUCGGCUACGAGAAUGGGAAUUACACCGGCGAGGGAAUCGUGUACUCCGACCUUGACAGGCUGUGCGACGGGGUGAUGGCGUUCUUGCAUUCUUUGCUUAAAGAUGUCAAAGAAAAUAAUAAUCUUGAGCCUUAUAAAGAGAAAUUAACUCAAGCUGUAAGCCUUUUAGAAACUCAUCGUUAUAAUGGCCAAACAGGUUUGCGUGCUGUGAUUGACACCGUCAAGUUGGGGAUUGAGAGGUGGUUGGGGGAUGUGAAUACUAAGAGCGAGGCGGUGAAAAAGCCGUUGGAGGAGUUGUUAAAGCCGGAAUAUUUACCUAAGAUAAUUACAGUUAUUCAAGACUUAAAGACACGAGAAUAUAAUGAUGUUAAAAACACUACGCUGCUCAGGUGGAUGGAUGCCGUUCAGAAGCUUCCAGAAUAUUUUUUCAAAUCACUCCGUGAUAUUCACUAUCUCGACCAAAACCUCCAAAAAGAUUUGUCUCCACACGUCUCCCUAAUUAAAGACAGAGUGGAGACUUUCGUGGAGUCAACCAAGAAGGAUCACGAGGGGCUUAAGGAGGUGUGUGGGAAGGUGGAUGAAAAGAUGAGUGAGAUUAUUAAAAAUUCGGAAAGCGUGUCAGGAAAUGCCGCAAAUAAAAUCGAUAGUUUGACAACGUUUCUGAAAGGUGAAAUUAACACGCUUCACGAGCAUAUUAAGAAAGUUGUGCCAGGUGUCAAAAAGGCUAUCGAGGAGUUGGAAAAGUGGCUUAAAAACGAUAAUGGUUCAAACCUUCACAAUGCUUUGCAGAAGUGCGAUGCUGUAGUGAAGGCGCUGGAUGAAAAUGCUAACUCCGAUUUGAAAAGGCAAUUCACGUCGAUUGAGGAAGCUAGAUCGACAGUUCAAAGUGUUCAUGGAGAGCUUGGCGGAAUUGACAGUUCCUUGAGUUCGUGGAUUCAGAAGGCGGAGCAGACGAUGCAGAAUGCACUAUUGAAGGCUAAACAGAUUUUUGAUAAAGUUCAAGAGACUAGUACGCUAAACAUAACUCACGCAAUUAGCGACUUAAAGCAAAAAACGCAAGAGCAUUUUUUCAACUUGAAACAAGAAGAACUUAAGGGAUACGCCAGCGAGGCCACUGAGCAUCUUAAUAAGAUGGUGGAUGCGGUUGAGAGCUUGGUGGAUGAGAAACUGGCGGAUGCGUUUGACAAAUACAAACUUUGGGUGGAAAACGGUGUCGUAACGGGGAGCCGUGGUAAUCAAAUGACAUCCCAAAUUCGUCAAUUGCCAAAUGUUAUCCAGUCUCUCAAGGAGAUGUCAAAUACCGUAAAGCAGGCUGCGCAAAGUGUUGAGCAGAACAGUGCAGUACGAUCUACUCCGUUUUAUCCUUAUACACUUCCUCUUUCAGGCCCAUCACCGUUACAGACGUCACUUACUGACUUGGAGCAAAAUGUGCAAGCAGUUCAGUCGAUUGAAGCUGAGGUUCGAAGUCUACAAAUGCAACGCACAGGGCAGCCCACUGCAGCCAAUGUCAGUUCCUCGCAUCUCAACACGCUGUCCACUCUUGCCUCUACAACACGAAAAGUCGUAAACGAUAUUGUCGCCGUCUUGAAGGACCGAAUCCGAAGUGGCGUGAUGAGCAUUGGUAGGUUGACCAUUAGUUCAGAUUUAAGUAAAUCAACUAUUACAUUUCAUGGUUCUCUACAAAACGCUGUGGGAAUCGCCCAGUCACUUUAUAGCCAACUCCAGUCGAUUAAUGGACGCCUUCCUUCUCGUAACGGAACUGUAAGUAAUAACUUAAGUGUUAUUCAAAAUGUGUCACAAGACCUCGGCGGUUUGGUGCAAAAUGUUCAGCGGCUGAGCACAGCAUUCAAUGAUCAAAAAUCCCUGUUUAGCAAGUUUGAUAAUAAUGUAUCUACGCCCUUCAACAAAAUUGUACAAGACGUCAGGAACGCUGCUGGACAGGACCAGACGAAUGGUCUUCAGUCAACUUUGCAAACGUUCAAGGAAACUACUAUUCAAGGCAAUGAUUCCACGGAUAAACUAGGUAAAAUUAGGACUGAUAUUCACAGCCAGAUGAGUCAGUUGUUUCCCAAGAUUUCUGCCAUAAACUCAGCCGUCGAAGCAAUUAAGUCACAGCUUUCCAAAAUAUCCAAAAUGGUGAAAAAAGGAAGCGAAAAAGAGACAAUUAACGGUUUUCUCGAAUCACUCAAGGGAGAGAUCUCUUCUCUUAAACAGUCUCUCACAGAUUUAAAAGCAGGUGACUUGACAUCGAUGAUUGCCAACGUUCAACAUGAAUUUGAUGAAGCCAAAAAAUUCAUCGUAAAGUACAUUCAAAGCACUUGUAAUGAAGCUAUUAGUAAUGCUAAGGUUGCUGGAAAAGAAAUCAAACGCCAAGCCCUCUCCCAGUUCGCCGCGUCCAAGGCCCACGCGCUCGAGCAGCUCAAGGAGCUGGUGGAGAAGGAAACGGAGAGAAUAAAUGAAAUUAUUUAUGUGGACAGCGUUACGGGGUUAAAAGGAUUCAUGAAAAUAUUUAACGACAAGUGUAUGCCUGAGUUAGUAAAAAUUAAGGAUAUUCAGGAAACGCCCACCUCUCAAAAAUCCGACACAACAUAUAAAUUUCCACUCAAACAAGCGGCCUACGAUUUAAAUAAAGGGUUUGGUGAUUUUCUUCAGGAGUUCGAAGAACAGAGGAAGGAAUGUGCUGAAAGUUACGCCGAAUUGAUACAGCCUGAUGCGGUGUUCCCUGAGUCAUCUACAUAUUUGCCAUUAACGGACGCAAUUGGCACCGUGCUUGAUGGCCUUGUAGAUGCUCAACACUUCGACCACACUUUUUCCACAAACCUUAAAUCCCUCAACAACGCACUAUCUACAUUCACCCCCGCCAAAUUCACUGACUCCUCCAGUCCCAUCCUGCAAGCGCUCAAGGACGGAAUCGGCGCCCUGGCCAAGCAACUCGGCUACGCAUAUGCGAGCACGUACUGUUGUAAGAAGUUUGACGGUGCGUUGCUUGAUCCUGAGAUUUUGGAUCUCACUACGCCAGACGACAAACGCAAAUUGACGGACUACGGCAAGAAGCUGUCUAAGGUUUUCAUGACCUGUCUCCCUGGUUGGGUGACACACAUGUACAAUCUGCAGAGAAACUGCAGCGGUGAGUGGAGUAAAUUGGAAAUUAAUACGCCCACAGAAAAGAAUAAGAUGGCCCUCUGGUUCCACUCCCGCGGCUACAAUGUGUCCGAUAAUGACAAAAUUCAGAAUGGUCACUUGAGGAGGGACAUGAAGGGUGGACAAAUUAAUAGUGAUCUUCUCAACAAGCCACUUACCAACGCUGCGCAAAUGAACAUCAAAAUUAAAGGCUUGAAAAACACCGGUAUCAAUGUCCUCCACAUUCUUUCACUGCUUUACCCUAUACUCGAAAGGUACAACCGUGUCUGCCACUACAACAUCCCUCCAAAGCCCAGAGCCCCGUCCAACAUUUAUCUCAUGCUCCAAUGGACUGCCGGGCUUAAGUACAACCACAUGUACAGUGAAGUCAAGAGCCAGCUUGGCAAUGUGCUUAAGGGCCUACAAAAGGAGCAUAAGUUAGACACUGAAGCAUUACCAGUCGCCGUGCAAACCGAUAUGCAUAACUUAAUUACGUCACCUAUAGACUCUGCCCAAUUAACUAAAGCACUUGAUAACGUCUGCAUAUACUCCGAAAAAACAUUAGUCGCCGUGCUCGGCCACGGCCACGCAGACGGUGUGUAUGCCUCUGAUCACCUCACUAACUCAAGUAAUUUAUUGUAUCCUGGUAGCGGUGGUGCGUGCUUAGACAUGCUAGUAGAUGUGUUAUUUAGACUGUAUCAGCAACUGUGGUUCCUACGUAAGCAGUGCCUCGGUGGCAAAAGUCACAGCGGGUGGAGUGAUUGCUCGUACGGCAGGUACGUGUCUGGCUCCAGUUGGCUGUGCAACACAGAACAGUGUGCCAACCAAGAGUGUAACCUGAGACCUAACCAAGGUGCUACCCAAAAGGGUAACCAAAAUGGCAACCUAGGUGCUGACCAAAGCGCUGACCAACGCUGUGACCAACACCCCGAUUGUGGUAUGAAAUCCCCUUUGCAGUCUUUCUUAGAGGACGGAUUGCAAGGGUUCUUGCCACAUUCAUUUAGCAGUCCCGGCUGCAAGUUAACGUGUACGGUAUCCAAUCAUAGAGGACUUCCCUGCAAGACGCCAAUGGGCUUUGCCGAUAUCGGUGUCGUUGCUUCGCAUACUAAAACAGGUGCAUAUCUUGAGCGUGUGCUUUUUGAUUUUUGUGGUCCGUAUUCUGCCCUCACUAGGUUGUGUAACAUGCUGAACUGCGUACUCCGCCGAGCACCUCAGACGCUUGAUGAUAUUUUCGGUUUCCUCCGUGGCUAUCUGGCAAACUGGAUUGACCAUGGUAGAGAGCAUAAAUGUUUAGCCUUUAGUAAGGCCAUUAAGGAUGCUUAUUUCGGCCAGGAAUAUUCGGACUUGACUCCGACUAUUUUGUUCACCACCCGUGUACAUCAAUCGGGGAACAAGUCAAACCAUUCCGAAGGUGAUCUGUUCACCAUAUCCGAAUGCGAAGAUAGAGCAGUAGAUACAUGUGGUGUCUAUUUGGAGUCACUCUCAUCCAGCACAUAUAGCAUUUUCUCGUCGUACAAUAAAAAACAAUACCUGUCAUGGUUCCUGUACUCGGCUGAGACCUUCUAUAGUUUGCUGGACAAAUUAUAUAAGCAGUGCUGUGGUACGUGCACGUCUCCGGGAGCCAAAUGUCAUGGCACGAGAUGUGACAAGGAUUGCGACGUGAAAAAGGCAUAUGAAGCUCAAAACUCUGAAGAUGCAGAAGCAGCGAGCAAGUCACUUGACGGCAAAAUCACACUGAAAAUUGCACGUCCAUAG